AUGAACAGCCACAGCAACAGCAACGCCAAUGUGUCCAUGGUCAAGGAAUUACCAGGUGUGGCCGUAGUGACGGGGGCAGCCUCGGGAAUUGGACGUGCUGUGGCCCACGCGCUGGCACGUGCGGGUUGCUCUGCGAUCGCAUUGAUCGACGUCAAUGCCGCCGGUUUGACCGAGGUUGCCUCGUCAAUAAGGGCUCUGAACCAAGACAUGCGAGUUCUCGAGCUCCAAUGCGACGCGGCCCACGAGGCAGAGGUCGUGAGAGCGUUUGACGCCAUCCAUGACGCAUUCAACCGUCUCGACUACGCCAUCAAUUGUGCCGGUGUACCUGGCAACACAGGACCUUCCGACGUGGCUCUCGUAUCAGCAUUCGAUCGUGUUAUUGCUGUCAACCUCCGUGGGCUUUUCCUCUGUGCACGCCAAGAGCUCCGGAUCAUGAAAUCGCAAUCCCUCGACUCCCAUGUGUACCCAGGCAUCGACGCUUCUCGGGCUCAGCGAGGUGCCAUUGUGAACAUUGCCUCGGGGUUGGCGUACGUGGCUCUGCCCGGAUGCCCAGCUUAUUGCGCAUCCAAGGCGGGCGUAGCGGCCCUCACGCGCUCGGACGCAGUUGACUACGCUUUAUCCAGGAUUCGAGUCAACGCCGUACUGCCGGGGAUCGUGGAGACAUCAAUGACGAGUGGCGCGAAAGCUGAACUGGACGAUCACGCGGUUAAGGUUAUGACGCCUCUGCAACGCUGGGGCCAACCGCGGGAGAUUGCAGACGCCUGCGUUUUCCUCUGCAGCAGCAAGGCUAGUUUUGUCACUGGCAUCUCUAUGCCGGUUGACGGAGGUUAUCUGGCCAUAUGA